UCCCCAAAACUCCUCCUCCCGAGUUCCCCGUCUCUUCUUCUUCUUGCCGAGGAAGCCAAGCAACGCGAGCAAGCGAGCGCAAUGGCGGGGUCGUCGGAGCCGACGCGGGUGAUGGUUGCGGUGAACGAAUCCUCGAUCAAGGGGUACCCGCAUCCCUCCAUCAGCUGUCGCGCCGCCUUCGACUGGAUGCUCUUCAAGCUCGUCCGCUCCAACACCGGCGGCUUCCACCUCCUCUUCCUCCACGUCCAGGUCCCGGACGAGGACGGAUUUGAUGAUAUGGAUAGCAUCUAUGCAUCUCCAGCGGACUUUCAGAGAAUGAAACAGAGAGACAAGAUAAGAGGGCUUCAUUUGCUUGAGUACUUUGUGAACCAAUGCCAUCAAAUGGAGAUAAAAUGUGAAGCAUGGAUUAAACAAGGGGAUCCAAAGGAGGUUAUCUGCAGUGAGGUGAAGAGAGUUCAACCAGAUCUUCUAGUUGUGGGAAGUAGGGGCCUUGGACCAUUUCAGAGGGUUUUCGUGGGCACAGUGAGCGAGUUCUGUGUUAAGCAUGCCGACUGUCCAGUCAUCACCAUCAAACGAAAGGCCGAUGAAACGCCGCAGGAUCCUGUUGAUGAUUGAUCCCUUCAAUGGUCAUACUCUGUAUCCACUGUAAUAGUGCUUGAGAACGAGAUAUUCUUCACUGCUCAAUGGGUUUAAUGUACAAAAUACAAUAUGGAAGUGCCUGGAACUAGUACAAUCUUUGCACCGUCCGCCCCAAAACUAGAGUGAAGAUGAAAAACGCUAUUGCCAGUGGACGGCAAGAGGCUGUAUCCUAUAUGAGAUACAUCCAAAGUUGUUGUGAACCUACACUACCUUGGUGAUCACGUACUGGGCUUUGC